ACGUGACAUUGCAACCGUCCGAUUUCGAGAAGCUGACAGCAGCAGUGCCGGCCGAUUUAGCGCAGCUGAUUCUCAGAUUCCCGCAUAUAUUUCCAGACGACCUGCCCGAGGGAUUACCACCGGAAUGGCCCUUUGACCAUCGAAUCAAAAUUAAAAUCAGGGACACAGCCCACAGUGCAGCGGGAAUUUCAAUUAACACAGCCGGAGUUAGAGGAAUUACGGAAGUAGUAAGAUUACUUACUGGAGAAAAAAAUCAUCCGUCUGAGCUCCUCGCCAUUUGCCGCCCCAUAGUGUUCACCCCGAAGAAAGUUAGCGGGUACCGAAUGUGCACCGACUACAGAGCACUGAAUAGGGUGACUAUUAAGUCGCAUUACCCUAUCCCGCGCGCCGACGAACUCAUCGACCAACUUCGCAAAGCUCGCUUCUUCUCCAAAAUAGAUUUACGAGGGGGUUACUCUCAGAUUCGUGUAGUUGCAGCUGAGUGUCACAAGACUGCAUUUCGUACUAGGUAUGGGAGUUUCGAGUAUGAAGUUAUGCCCUUCGGGUUGACGAACGCCCUGGCAACUUUUAAAAUGACCAUGAACCAGAUCUUCAGCUCACUCAUAGAUAGGUGUGUUAUAUUCUACCUAGACGAUAUCAUGAUCCACAGCGAGACCCGGGAGAAGCACUUAAAGGACCUCGAAGCAAUUUUUCACGCUACUGCAGGGGCAUCGGCUGCUCACGAAGGGGUCCAAGUGCGAGUUUUUAAAAGACCGCCUCGAAUUUCUGGGACACAUUAUUUCUACCAAGGGCGUCGAAGUGGACCCGCGCAAAAUCAAGACAGUGCAAGCCUGGCUACUGCCUAAGAACCUGCACGAGCUGCAAAAUCU